AUGAGUGAAAGCCCAUUAGCCCUUACCAUAGGGCAAAGAAACAGUGCAUUCUUAUCCACUCCACAAGAUUUCCAUAAACAAAGAGUUAAAAUAACAAGAAGAAUUCAUAAUUUGAAAAGAUAUUUAAAAAUUCAAUCAAAAAAUACUAAAGAUUAUAAACCAAGGGAAUUAACUAUUGAUGAUUAUCAAACAGAUAAUAAAUAUUAUUUGUUAUCCCUUUUGUUAGUGGAAAGAGAUUAUCUUUAUGCUUUGGAACUCAAAGCAUUCUUGGAUUUAAAUUCAAAUAAUAAUGUCAAUUCAAUUAAAUCCAAGACAAAAUUAAUCUUGACAAGAUUGAAAAAAUCAAAACAAAAUGGUAAUUUAUUAGUCAAAAUUAGUAAAGAUGAAUCAGAUUUGACCAAAAGAUUGGAAAUUUUAGUUUAUAAUGAAUUAAUUUCAGGUUUUUAUUCAAUUUUAAACAAAAAUUGGUCCCAGGCUAUUCAAAAUUAUUCAAAUUCAAGAAUUGGUUUAAAAUUCUUGGAAUUAAAUGGUGAACAAGAAAACAAGAUCUUAUAUAAAGAUAUUAUUGAAGAAUUAAUUGAUGAUUCAUUAAAAUUAGCAAUUUAUAGAUUUCAAAACUUAAAUUCAAUUGAUUUAAAUGAAUUUACUAAAAAAAUUAUUAAUGAAAAAACCAAUGAUUCAUUAAUCUAUAAAUUGAUCCAUAAACAAGAUCCAUCAUUCUUAGAACCAACAAAUGAUGAUGAUUUAAUCAAAUCAAUCAAUUGGAGAAAUUAUACGGCCCAGAUAAAUGAUGAUUUAACAUCAAAAUUAAUUUCAUCAAUCCAAAAAAUAAAAUUAAUCAAUUUAGAAUCUUUUGAUACAGUUUUAAAUCAAUGGCAAUCUGCAUUAGAAAAUCAUUUAUCUUACAUCUCCAAAAACCCAGAUUCAGAAGACCAAGAUGAUGAAAUCUUAUUAUCUUAUAUAAAUUAUAAUCUUUUAAUUGUUAGAUUACAUAGAGAUCAUACAUUAAUUAAUAAUAACCAGGCACAAACUCUUAGAAUCUUGGAUGGGAAUUUAUCAACAAUUGAUGAGAUUAAAAAUUUACCAGGUGUUUAUUCUGAUGAUGAAUUAAUGGAAAAUUUAGAAAUCUUGGGGAAUUAUUAUAAAGUUUUAAAAAUUAAUUUGAUUUCUAAUAAGUUUACUCAGGAGAAGAAAUAUAAAGAAGGUUUAUUAUUAUUAACAAAAGCUUUGAGCUCAUUACAAGACUCUCAAUUCACAAUUGAUUUUAAAUUCUUAGGAAAUGAUGAAUUAUCUAAACUUAUCAAUGAUUUGAAAACCCAACAUCAAAAAAUCCAUAUCCUUUCAAUAAUUCAAUCUUCAUCAAAUUCUUCUCAAGCGGUAUCAGAUGAUUUAUUUAAAUUUAAUAAUCAAUCCGUUUUCAAUUUUAAUCCUGUUAGUAUCCCUGUUAAACCUGUCUUAUUUGAUGUUGCAUUUAAUUAUAUUUCUUAUAAUCCAGAUCAAGAUGAACCUAAAACUCAACAACAACCUCAAACAACUACAACCAAUGAUCAAACUGAACAAAAGAAGAAAGGGUUUUUUGGAUUAUUUGGACGUGGUUAA